UAAAAUGAAUAGGGAUCCUAGAUAAAAUUAUAAAUGAAAUCUUUUAAAAUAUAAUUUUUAAGAAAUAUAUUUUAAUUUAUUAUUCUUCAUGUAUGUCUAAUAAUAAAAAGAACAAUUUUCAUUUCAUAAAAUAUAAUUGAAAAAUAAACCUUAUUUAUUCUUGUAGUUUUUUAUUAAAUGGGGUCCUUGGCCAUUGUCCAAGUUGCCCAAGAUGCUCUAGUUCACUAAACACUUAGACAAGCAUGCAAGAUCUUGAGCAAGUGUUUGCUUUUCGCAAGUUAGAACGAACGAGGUGCACGAGAGGCAAUACGAGCGUACCUCCCGACUCAUUUAGUCUUUGAAAAAGCGUAGUCAUAAGCCUGCGUUUCUCUUGUUCUAUCUACAAAUAAUCCAUCAAGAUUUAAAUAACGCCAUGCGAAAUCGAUCAAAUGAACAAGAUUUCCGAAAUCUCUCGCACGAUGUCUUUCUACCGUGAAUACAGUAGCUAGCUAGUUUUGAUUUAUUAUAAAUCCAACAAGCUCCCUGCAAGAAACCAUAUCAAUCCAGCUGCAGAUAGCUUAAACAUAACAAUUUCUCUCUUUUUUCACGACCCUUGAGAAAAAAAUGCAGAUCUUCAGCAAAGUGUUGACAGAUACUGAUGUUCGUUUUCGGUUCUCGUUCCCAACUCAUUGCUUACAGCAUUUAGAUUUUGGUGGAAAUAAUUCUGUUGAUUUGCAUGUUAAAGAUAGCUGUGGUGAGCUUCGAGUUAUUCGUUGCCGGAUCAGAAAUGGAGGAUAUGACAAGCCAGAGCUUUCUAUGGGCUGGCGUAAAUUUGUAGCUGAUUAUGGACUGAGAGUUGGUGACAAGGUUGUUCUUCAUCGUGAGGAUGACCAGAACCUGGGGUCACAGUUCAGGAUUGAAGCUAAGAGGAGUAUCAAGCUGUUUGGUAAGGAGGAUUGGGGUGAAGUGACAAGAGCUAACUAGCUAUUAUUUGCAUGGAGCGUGGCUGUUCGGCCAACAUCCAGAUAUAUAUAGAAGAAUGAAUUUCCUAAGUUUGGUGUUUUUUUGUGUGUAAAUUUAUGUACGUGUUUAUGUUUGAGUCGAAUUAAAUAAAUAUGUUGCUGUUCUUAGUUUCUUGAAUAUGUAUUACGUGCAUGGAAUUCUCAGCAAUAAUGGAUUUAAUUAAUUAUAUAUAGAAGAAUGUUGCUGUUCUUAGUUUCUUCAAGUUUUUACAUUUCCAGGUUAUUCAAUUUUGUUGGUUUUUUAUUUUUUCUAUUUUGUGCGCUUUU